GCCAGUGUGGAGAAUCAGAGUGAACAAGGAAGGACCAUGCCUCUGUCUAAACCAGAGAAGCUGUUAGAACAUGAGCUCAGCUGCCCUAUCUGCCUAGAGCUCUACACAAAUCCAGUCUAUCUGCCCUGUGGCCAUAACUACUGCCUUGCCUGCAUUAACGCUACAGACGCCAGCAGUGGAGAGAAGAGCCUGUCUCGCUGCCCUGAGUGCAGAGAAGAGUACAGUGGUACAGAGACACUGCACAAGAACUUCAAGCUCUGCGGCAUCAUAGAAGGCUACAGGGCCAUUGCGCUAGUGGAGAACCUUGGGAGAGAGCCGCUGGAGGUACGCUGUGACCCCUGUCUGGACACAGAGACGUUGGCCAUCAAGACCUGUCUAAAGUGUGAGAUGUCCCUGUGUGCCAGGCACCUGCAGCGCCACACUGAGAGGGAAUCCUUCAGGAGCCAUGACCUGGUGGAGCCCCAGACUAAGCUGGGCCUGAGGAGCUGUGCUAUCCAUGGACACCUGCUGGAGUACUACUGUGUCAGCGACAUGACCUUCCUCUGCGCCUCCUGCUUCAUCAAGGGCACCCACCAGAAUCACGAUGUCCUGACUAUCGAGGUGGCUGAGGAGGAGAUGAGGCGGGUCCUAGAGAGCCGGAGCAAGGAGGUGGCCAACAGGCUGCAGCUGACCAAGACCCUGCUGCAGAGGGCUGCUGAGGACCAGGGCACCUCUGAUGCUGUGGUGGACAAGCUGAUGUCUACGGCUGUGGCCCUGAUGGACAGCAUGGCUGGUCUGGUGAGCAGGUACAGAGACAGGAUGAGCCUGCUGCUGGAGGAGGAGAGAGGCCAUCAAAGGAAGAUCUGGCAGAGUGGCCUGGGGCUCCUAGAGGAACAGCAGAAGGAGCUGAUGGAGGCCAACCAGAGCUCUGCCGAGGUCCUCUCAGUGACUGAUAAGCAUCUGUUCAUCCACAGGUUCCUGCUGAUCGAAUCCCAGCUCACGGAAGUGGUGACAAGCACUGUGGCCAGAGUGCUCUCCAAAGAGCCUCUCAACACCAAGCGGCUUCAAGCCAGCCUGAGGAUGAAUGACUUCAGGGCAGAGAUGGGGCAGCUCCUCCAGGCCCUCAAUGUCCAGCUCAACCCUCUGGAGUUGACCUUCAACAUCACCACAGCGCACCCCAGCCUGCUGCUCUCCAACGACCUGCGGACAGUCAAGUACAUUGGCAUCAAGCAGGCCUCCACUGAUAACCCAGAGAGGUUCAGUACUGCGCCCCAGGUCCUCUGCUCCCAGAGCUUCACAAGUGGGGAGCACAUCUGGGUGGUGGAGGUGGGCGACCAGAGCAUGUGGUCAGUGGGCUUGUGCUACAAGAGUGUGCCCAGAAGGGGUGACCACAGCCGGCUGGGCCACAACCCAGUCUCCUGGCGUCUGCAGUGGAAGAACAAGAAGCUGACGGCGUGCCAUGCCUCCUCAAACAUGGCGCUGGUUGAAAAGACCAAUCAACCGCUGAGGGUGGAGGUGGCACUGGACUAUGAGGGGGGCACACUGAUCUUUCACAGCACCAAGGGCUGUCGGGAGCACCUGCACACGUUUAGGGCUGUGUUCAGAGAACCUGUGUACCCUGCGUUCAGCAUCCACUCCACCACCACAGCACAGUCCUGGAUCACCCUCCAGAGUGGAGUGUGACACCUGAGCUUCCCUGUAAGUCCAUCUAUUAACCUUCAAGUGCCUUUGUUACUAACUAACCCAAUCAAUAUCUGUAAAUGAUUCUAGUAAUGGAUCUUAUCACCAAACGUGAGUCAAUUAUAAUGAAACAGAAUGUAAUUGCCUCUUAAAAUAUACAGUAGAAUCUGAAUUAAAAUGUAGUUCAGGCAGGUCCUUAUAUUGCUGUUUCAUACAUACAUACAUAAUUAGACGUAGUAAGUACAGAUAUGUAUUGCUAUUCGUAACUAAAGGAAUGUAAUUUAAUUAUUUUGUAAAGAGACGUGACUGUAUUUGAUGAGUGUUGCAUUGUUUCAUUCAGACCAUAAGUCUUGGUGGUUUUACAUUGAGUUGUUUUAGCGUUGAUACUUAUUCAUCAAUGUACUAUAGUAGGCCAGGCCUACAGCACAUGUGAAUAUUGGAUACUUUAUAUUUGUAUUUGUUUCAGGGACAAGAUGAAACGAACAUGUGUGAUUUGUAAUUGUAUUUGAAAAUCAGUUCACUUUGGAUUCAUACACAAUAAACAGCUAUAAGGCAAUGAUACUGUACUUUGUGAAUGGAUUCAAAGUGGUUGUUGAGGAAAGACUUGAUCUUCAGGGGAGACACAAUGCUCAAUGUUUAUCUGACAAAUAAACAGUGGUGGAAAACAGAUGUCAUACUUGAGUAAAAGUGAAGAUAAAGUACAUCAAUUGAAAAUGUCUUAAGUCAAAGGGAAAGUCACACAGUAAAAUACUACUUGAUUAAGUCUAAAUGUAUCUGUUUUUAAAUGUACUCAUGUACAGUGGUGGGAAAAGUCUUCAGUUGUCAUACUUGAGUAAAAGUAAAUGCUAUACAUCAAAUGUCUUAUAUUAAGCAAACCAGACGGCACAGGGGCACAUUCAGACAUCAUUUACAAACUCAGUAUUUGUGUUUAGUGAGUUCGCCAGAUCAGAGGCAGUAGGAAUGACAAUGCGUUAUAUUGAUAGGUGCGUGAAUUGGACCAUAUUGCUGUUCUGCCUCAGCAUUUGAAAUGUAAUGAGUAGUUUUGGAUGUGAGGGAAAAUGUAUGGCAGUAAAAUGUACAUAUUUUCCUUAAGAAUCUAGUGGAGUAAAAGUAAAAAGUACAGAUACCCCAAAAAACAACUUAAGUAGAACUUUUAUGAAGAGAUUUCCAAGGCUUCAGAAGAUUUAACCUGUAUAAAUUAAAUGAGCAAAAUGAUGUAUGUCCACAGUUCAAAUGUUGAAGUCAGUAACUUAGUAGGACAGAGGGUGUGAAAGAGAUGACUCUAGCAAAGCUUUCCAGGAAUAACAUCCCAUGAGGCCCCACUCUGAAAGGUGAAAACAGUUUAACAGUUGUCACUUUCACAUGCUGUACCCAUCUUCAAUUAGAACAACCAAUUGACCUUGACAAACCAACAUAAAUACAUUGGACAUUGUCAAAGACUCCAGUCACUAAAGUCAUAGACUAUUCUCUCUGCUAAUGCACAGCAAGCAGUACCGGACCGCCAAGUCUAGGACCAAAAGGUUCCUUAACAGCUUCUACCCUCAAGUCAUAAGACUGCUGAACAAUUAAUCAAAUGGCCACCCGGACUAUUUACAUUGACCCCCCUCUUUGUUUUUACACUGCUGUUUAUUAUCUAUGCAUAGUCCCUUUACCCCUACCCACAUGUACAAAUGACCUCGACUAACCUGUACCCCCGCAUAUUGAUUCGGUACCGGUAGCCCCUGUAUAUAGCCUCAUUAUUGUUAUUUUAUUGUGUUAGCUUUUAUUUUAUUUUAUUUCGUAAAUAUUUUCUCAACUCUAUUUCUUGAACUUUAUUGUUGGUUACGGAUUUAUAAGCAUUUCACGGUAAGGUCUACACCUGUUGUAUUCCGCGCAUGUGACAAACAAGAUUUGAUUCGAACACAAAUAUAAACACAACAUGUAAAGUGUUGGUCCCAUGUUUCAUGACCUGAAAUGAAAUAGUUCCAUAUGCACAAAAACCUUACUUCUCUAAAAUGUUGUGCGCAAAUGUAUUAAACAUCCCUGUUAGUGAGCAUUGUAUCCUUUGUCAAGAUAAUCCAUCCAUCUGACAAGUGUGGAAUAUGAAGAAUCUACGGAGGAGUAUUUCUGUCUAUAAUAAAGCCCUUUUGUGGAGAAAAUCUCAUUCUGAUUAGUUGGGCCUGGCUCCCCAGUGGGGUCUUCUUGGCUCCCAAGUGGGCUGGCCUAUGUCCUCCCGGGCCCACACAUGGCUGUCUACAUCCCUGUUAGUGAGGAUUGUAUCCUGGAAAUUAUUUUUUGUCUCUACUGAGUUAGGAAAUCAGCUUUUAGUUAUCUCGCACCUUAUUUGUGGAACAAUCUUCAAAAUGUUCUUACAUUUUUUGUUCUGUUUUUGUUUGUUUGUCUGGGCCAAUUCAGAAAGCUGACUGAGGACCUUAAUGCUGAUUAAUGUGUUUGUUUUUUAUGACCAUAUUUUUCUUUCUGCUUGCAUUUUGUAUUUAUAUUUUCAUGUGUAUUUUCUGUCAUUUAUGUAACUUAGGGCUCAUCUAUAAAAAAUACCUUGGUCUCAGAAUGACUCCCUGAUGAAAUGAAGGUUAAAUAAAUAGAAAAUGAUUAAGUAGGUACACACA